GGAUCGCGGACACAUCGAUUUAGCUGUGCCCUCGAGAUGCUGUGAUGGCUCUGCUCUACAGAUUCGUGCGGGUGCCUGACAGCAGUUGCACGCGGGUCUUCUCGUUCGUCGUGACCAGGAGCGUGGUACGCGACCCCGAAAGAGACGUUACCAGCAAGGAGCUCGUCUGCGGCUUCCAACGAUGGUCCGUCGCGUUUUCGCAAGGAAACAAGGUGCUGGGCGCGUACUUGGUAUGGCGGAGCGCGUCGAGGAAUCUGCGGGUCUACGUGGACUUCACGUUCACCCUGCUGAACAGGGAACACUUUUCGAGGAACGAAAGGUUCUCGGGGAAACGUGUAAAGUUCACCUACGAGGCGCCGGCCCAAGGGAACCGAAACUACAUCCCGGUGUCGGACCUCUACUAUCGAAACUUCACCGACACGAACGACGAGUUUCAGCUGGAACUGGCGAUGUCGAACGUGAGGACCGUCUUCAUGACGGAGCUUAAGAUGCCGAGCAGCACGUUCCCCACCGGGCAGUCCAAGCCCAACAAGCUGGAGACGGAUUACUUCACGUUUUGCGGGUUCGACUGGAACCUGGUGAUCUAUCCGUACGGGAGCAAGGAGUGGAAGGGGUACCGGGGACACGACAGCGGCAUCAGCGUCUACCUGAUGAGGCUGACGGGGUUCGACCAUCGGUGCAGCGUGAAAUACAUCGUGGUGCUGGGCGAGGGCGAGCGUAGGAUCCAUGCGGGCCCGAUGGAUGACAUCUCGGACGCGGAGGGACGCUGCUCCGGUUGGCACACUCACGUCAGGUGGUCGGAGGUCGCGCACAAAGGGGUGGUUCGGCUGUCUUUUGAGAUGGUAGAGGCGAGAAUUAUCUGCGAGGUGGCGGUCCAAGCCCGUGGUCCGGCCGUCCUGGCCGCCACGCCUUGCUACGAUCGUGACAAACAGGCCUGGACCAUUCGCGCCGACCUCCACUCGGACACCGUCAGGCUUCACUUGGUCUACAAGGAUAUCCACAACGUCCCACGGAAUCAUUUGAGGUACGUGAGCUGGUCGGCGUACCUGCUCAAAGAGGAGGAGUCGGGCACCACGGUGAUCGGUUUGCCGGGCGCCCCGUUCAGCCGGUACUACGCCCAGGAAUCGACGGACGAGGGCAUCAUAAUGGAGACGGAGCUGGACACGAACGAGAUAAAGAACAACCAGUGCCCGUACCUGACGGACAAAGGUCAGCUGAGGGUCCGGCUGGAGUGGAACGAGAGCCACCUGCUGUUCCAAGCCACCUAUCACAAGUACGACGACGUGUGCCGUAUACACAAUCAGCAAAUGAGACGCGAGAUAGCCACGCUCCAGGGUGAGAACAACACCCUGGAGAGGCAGCUGUUCAGCUACCAGAAGAGCCUGGCGUACGCCCAAGCGCAGCAACAGCAACAGCAACAGCAACAGCAGAACGAGAACCAGCAGCUUCACGGUGGCCAUCAGGCGCACCUGGAGAGGUCCGCGUCCACGGACACCGAAUAUGCCUGAC